UUACUAGCAACCAGCCUAAAUAAUCUACAAACCUUACUAGUCCCAGUGAGAACUGUGACCGUAACAUACGCACUAGACCUUAAUAUUAAGAAAACUAAAUUCAUGGUUGUCAGCCAUGCAAAGUUAGAUCCCGGAGCAUUAAUGGCAGGUAGCGAAGAGACCCUGAGAGUUGACAGAUACGCUUACCUCGGGACUACCCUCAACUCAGAAUGGGACUACGCUCAAGAGAUUAGAUCCAGAAUUGAAAUGGCAUGGUCUACAUUUAUUAAGUUGAGAUUCUUGCUGUGCUACAGUGAUCAGAGUUUGGGAACCAAGAUGCGGAUAAUGUGGAUCUACAGGAGGAUACUAAAAAUAUCGUAUGUGGACCAUUUCACCAACGUUGAGGUCCUACAGCGCAUGAGAAAAGAAAAAGAAGUGCUUAAUUUAGUGAAACAACGUAAGCUUGAGUACCUCGGGCACGUGAUGCGGAACGAAGAAAAAUAUCAAAUUUUUCAACUCGUUAUGCAGAGUAAAGUAUUUGGCAGGAUAGGACCGGGACUCCGUCGUAUCUCGUGGUUAAAAAACCUCCGAUAAUGGUUUGGGAUGACCUCCGCGGAUCUGUUUCGCAGAGCAGUCAACGAAACUAUAAUAGUCUUGAUGAUCGCCAACAUCCGAAUCGGAUAAGGCACUGAGGAAGAAGAUGAUUUUU